AUGGCUCGCAGUCGAAGUAGAAGCCGAAGCCCGGCUCGUCGGAAGGAUCGACACCGUGACCGGGAUAGAGAAAGAGACCGCGAUCGCGAGCGUGACCGUGACCGCGACCGUGAGAAGGAGGAUCGUGAGCGGGAUCGCGACGACCGGGAGCGCUCUCGCAAGUCGAAAAAGUCGAAGAGGAGACAGCCAUCACCUAUCACUGUCGUUGCCCAAGAGCCAACUGUAAGUAAUGUGGGAAUCGACAUCAACAGCCUAAACCCCGAAGGACGAAAAUGGGUUGACGAUGAGGUGGCGCUGAGGGUCGAGGCCGUUGAGAAGACGCUGAAUGAGCGAUUCGUCCAACAGAAAAUCGAACUAGAGAAGCUGCUCAGAAUGCAGAUAGAGAUGGAGAUGAAGGAUGAAAUGAGGCGCAUACAGAAAGAAGGGGAAGAGCAGAGGAACAAAUGCGCCCAGCUCGAAAACAGCCUCAAAGAGAAAAUCCGUGCCGCUGAUGAAAAAGAAAGACAAUAUAACCUUGUAGCUCUCGUCGGAGAACCGUCGAUUCGAAGUGGGAUGCCUGACUUGAAGAAAUAUUGGAUCCAGACUGAGGAACGCCUGGCGAUGCUCGCGGAACGGAGUCAGCUGGAGAGGGAAAGGCGUGAUCUGCUAGAACAGAAGAACAACCUCAAAAAAGUAGAACAAAAAGCGAUCCUGAACACUGCUGGCUCCCGGCCUCCGAUCAAAUUUUCAUUUGGAAAA